UCUAUUUCCUGACUGAGUAUUCACAUCGGGGUUUUUUGGGGGGUCGUUUCUUUCCUUUUUUUUGGAAAAUCUCUUUUUUUCUUCCAGAGGAGCUCGCGAAACAACCGUUGCAGGGAGGUUAGCUAGCCAGCGCCAUCUCUCCUCCUCUUCUCCCGCACGCCAUGGGGAACGCGGCCACCAACAAGAAGGGCAACGAGCUGGAGAGCGUCAAAGAGUUUCUAGCCAAAGCCAAAGAAGAUUUCUUACGGACAUGGGAAUGCCCACCGCAGAGCACGACGUGCCUAGACGACUUUGAGAGAUUAAAGACCCUCGGCACCGGCUCAUUUGGAAGAGUCAUGCUGGUGAAACACAAAGGAACAGAGGAAUACUUUGCCAUGAAAAUACUGGACAAGCAGAAGGUGGUGAAGCUGAAGCAAAUAGAACACACGCUAAACGAGAAGAGGAUACUACAGGCUGUGAGCUUCCCCUUUCUGGUCAGACUUGACUAUGCGUUUAAGGACAACUCCAAUUUGUACAUGGUGAUGGAAUACGUUCCAGGAGGAGAGAUGUUCUCACACCUGAGACGAAUUGGAAGGUUCAGUGAACCACACUCACGGUUUUAUGCCGCCCAGAUAGUGCUGACCUUUGAGUACCUCCAUUCGCUAGAUCUCAUAUACAGAGAUCUGAAACCCGAGAACCUGCUCAUUGAGCACCACGGCUACAUUCAGGUGACAGACUUUGGAUUCGCUAAGCGGGUAAAAGGCCGGACCUGGACGUUGUGUGGGACACCGGAGUACCUGGCGCCGGAAAUCAUUCUCAGCAAAGGCUAUAACAAAGCUGUGGACUGGUGGGCCCUCGGAGUCCUCAUCUAUGAAAUGGCUGCUGGUUACCCUCCAUUCUUUGCAGAUCAGCCCAUUCAGAUCUACGAGAAGAUCGUGUCUGGGAAGGUUCGAUUCCCGUCUCACUUCAGCUCCGACUUGAAGGACCUGUUGAGGAACCUGCUGCAGGUGGAUCUGACCAAACGCUACGGCAACCUGAAGAACGGAGUCAACGACAUCAAGGGCCACAAGUGGUUUGCCACGACCGACUGGAUCGCGAUCUACGAGAGAAAGGUGGAAGCCCCGUUCAUACCAAAGUGCAGAGGCCCGGGGGACACCAGCAACUUCGACGACUACGAGGAGGAGGAAAUCCGUGUUUCCCUAACGGAAAAAUGCGGGAGAGUUCGCAGAGUUUUAGGAAGCGAGAACAUGGAUAUAUCAGGGAAACAUGGGGGAUCUUUGCACUCUUCUAAAGACUUGGAGCAGAGACCAUCGUUUUUUCAGAUCUACUACAUAGUCCCUUCAUUCCAUAAGGCUGAAUGAGGUCGCCAUGAUCCUUGGGUGCCGAUAACCUCUCACUGUCACGUACACCUGCGUAUUAAAGCAGACACACCACUCUUUUCUUUUCCUUUUUUUACCUACCCACCGUUUUAUUUUUGUAUUACUUUGAAGCAGUUAGUCUUGGUUGUUAUCAUCCCCUUUUUAAUUAUUUUGAUAUUUUUCAAUUUAUGAGGAAAAACUGAGACGAUGGCCAAUAAGAGUCCACACAUUGUAUCCGACUUGACACACACACACACACACACACACACACUGGUGUGGGUUGUAGGCUCCUCCCUCUAGGCGCCAGCAGCGUAUAUAUAUAUAUAUAUAUAUGUAAUGAUCUGUUACAAGUCCACAUCGCAUGGGCUAUUGUUAAAAUUCUGUCCAGCUUUCAGAGGUAGCAUUCGUCCUCAUGUCCAUAUCUGUCAGUUUUUUUUUAAAGACAUUUGAAUACGUCGAAUUUUGGAAGCAAGCAUGACCAAUUAGAAAACAUCGGGUGACACCGGAAGAGAGGUCCUUUCCUUUCUUUGCUUUUUGCCUAGAGAGCCAAGCCCCCCCCCCCCAUCUCACUCACACACACACACACACACACACAAACAUAAAACAUCCAUUCACUGUCUUCUUGGUAUUCUGACCCAGGCACAGCAAGCAAUUGCAUAAAAUGACGAACCGUGUUACUUGUUGAAUGCAAAUCAAGUUUUUUGUUCGGUCCUUCUGGAUCCGUUAGUUACAUGUAAAGUUUGUCAUUCAGUAUCUAACUAUUCUUUUGUCGCUGUGUCUAACAUUAUAGUCAUAUUGUCCCUAGAUUUCAGGUCCGCUUAUAAAGACCCUUUGUUAUGAGUCUGUGGAACAAUGUGACUUCAGUAAAUGCAAAAAGAGUGAAGUGAAGUCCUUUUUUUGAAGGAUUUUUGUUGAGUGUAAUGUUAAGUUGAGAAGGUCGGCGUGAAAGCCGCGACAUUGUCAGUAAAACCUUGAAAAAAGAAGAAAAAAUAUUACAUAAUUUCCUAUGUAUUAAAAUCAAAGACGUUUAAAAAACUUAAGAAACAAGAACGCAAAUCUGCAUAUUUACCGUAUUUUCCCUGUUACCCCCCCCCCCCCGAACCGAUUUCUGUGUUUCAUUCUUAUUAAAGAAUGUAGAUUUGCAACUUAUAGGUAUGCAUAUUUGAAGGCUUGAUUUGAAGGUACAGUUUUCCUCACAAUACACUGGCUAAAAUAAAAACUGCUCCUUUGUAUCACAUGUAACCUUGUUAUUGUUAAACUCAUUACAUCAAACGUAUAUACAUUGUUUCAUAUAUGUUUUUAUUUAUACACAUUAGAGAUGCUAAUAAAUUUUAUUUUUAAAAGUG